AUCGUAGGUAAAGGCGCAGUGCGGCGGAGCUGCAGCACUCAGAGACUGGAGGUAACCUGUUGGACAGCUGCUCCUGCUGCUCUGUCACUGUCUCGUCUGUCUGCAGCUGGAUCUCCUCAUCACAGCUCCGCAUCUCCCCGCAAAAGUCUGGAUUGCUGCACUUUUCUCUAUUGUUUUACGAGUUGGAAUGAAAUUCUCCUGAACUGAGGCUGCUGUAAUGAGAGCCUCUGUCCUAGGAUCUGUUUGUGCUCUCCUCUUGCUGCUGCGGGAGCCAGCGUGCCGGGGUGACGAGGUUACCUCCAGCACAGUGAACCCCUGCUGUUAUUUCCCCUGUCAGCACUGGGGUGUGUGUGUUCGCUACAGUGACGACAAGUAUGAGUGUGACUGCACUCGCACCGGCUUCUACGGUGAAAACUGCACAGUCCCCGAGUUUUGGACCAGAGUGCGUCAGUUCCUCAAACCUGGCCCAGAUACGGUGCAUUACAUCCUCACCCAUUUCCACUGGCUGUGGGACAUCAUCAACUCCACUUUCCUACGGGACAUCCUCAUGCGACUGGUUUUAACAGUGAGAUCGAACCUAAUACCCACCCCUCCAACCUUCAACUCAAAGUAUGGCUACCUCAGCUGGGAAUCCUACUACAAUCUGAGCUACUACACUCGGAUUCUGCCCCCAGUGCCCGAGGACUGCCCCUCACCUGUGGGGGUCAAAGGCAAGUCUGAGCUGCCUGACCCUGAGCUGCUGGUUGACAGGCUUCUGAAGAGAAGGACGUUCAGAGCCGACCCCCAGCGCUCCAACCUCAUGUUCGCCUUCUUCGCACAACACUUCACCCACCAGUUCUUUAAGACCUUCAAUCGCAUGGGUCUGGGCUACACCAAGGCACUGGCACAUGGGGUGGACGCAGGGCACAUUUAUGGAGACAACCUGGAACGCCAGCUCAAGCUCAGGCUUCACAAAGACGGAAAGCUUAAAUAUCAGUUAAUUGAUGGAGAGAUGUACCCUCCCUCUGUAGCUGAAGCGUCCGUUAAGAUGAGCUACCCUCCUGGGGUCCCUGUGGAGCAGCAGAUGGCCAUCGGUCAGGAAGUGUUUGGACUUCUCCCUGGCUUGGGCCUGUAUGCCACCCUGUGGCUGAGGGAGCAUAACCGAGUCUGUGACAUCCUGAAAGCAGAGCAUCCCACCUGGGACGAUGAGCAGCUUUUCCAGACCACUCGGCUCAUCAUCAUCGGUGAGACAAUACGAAUAGUGAUAGAGGAGUAUGUGCAGCAACUCAGUGGAUACCUGCUGCAGCUGAAGUUUGAUCCCACCCUGCUGUUUAAUUCCAACUUCCAGUACGGGAAUCGUAUCGCCCUGGAGUUCAGCCAGCUCUACCACUGGCACCCUCUGAUGCCCGACAGCUUCUUAAUAAACGGAGAUGAGCUGUUGUACACACAGUUUCUCUUCAACACGUCUGUUCUCACAUAUUACGGCGUGGAGAAGCUGGUGGAUGCCUUUUCUCGACAACCUGCUGGGCAGAUUGGUGGAGGCUACAACAUCAAUGCUGUGGUGACCAAAGUAGCUGUGGGGACGAUAAAGGAGUCCCGCCAACUCCGAAUGCAGCCUUUCAACGAGUACAGGAAACGCUUCAAUCUUAAGCCGUACACAUCAUUCAGACAAUUCAGUGAUAAUGAAGAGAUAGUCCAAGCGCUUGAAGAGUUCUACGGCGACAUUGACGCUCUCGAGUUUUAUCCCGGCUUGAUGUUGGAGAAAACCCGACCGGGGUCCAUAUUCGGAGAAAGCAUGGUGGAGAUGGGCGCCCCCUUCUCCCUCAAAGGCCUCCUGGGAAACCCUAUAUGCUCUCCAGAUUACUGGAAGCCCAGCACCUUCGGAGGCAAAGUCGGCUUUGACAUAGUAAACUCUGCCACACUCAAGAAGCUGGUCUGUCUGAACACCAGGACGUGUCCUUAUGUGGCUUUCAGAGUUCCAGCAGAGGAGAAAUCCCAACAAGAGAAACACGGCAGCAAUGUACGGACUGAUGAGCUAUGACCCUGAAGGUUAUGUGUUGAAUAUGAAGGUAAAAGAGGUGGUUGCUAUGAAACAAACAAGUGUUAAAGGUGUUUGUGUGGAGAACUGCUUGUUUGAACAGCACUGGAGAGUCACGCAGGACUCGGUAUGAAAGCAAACCUGCCUUUUCCUUAACUCGCUCACUUCCAUUCUCACACUUGAACAAACGCAUCAGUGACGACAUAAACAUAUGACUUAUUGUUAAAUGCUUUGACUGAAAUACUGUAACAAUACAUGUUCACACUGUCUGGUAAUAAAGGUCUGUACUGUCUGUAGAUUUAUUUUGAAGUUUAUUGCAAUGCAGUAUAAGCAUGCACAGAAAAUAAAACUAUAGACACCAA